AUGAAGUUGUGCAUUGAUUAUAGACAGUUGAAUAAGGUCACCAUGCAGAACAGAUAUCCAUUGCCUCACAUUGACGACUUGUUUGAUCAGUUGAAGGGUGCUAAAGUGUUUUCUAAGAUUGAUUUGAGAUCAAGCUAUCAUCUAUUGUGGAUCAGGGAAGAUGAUGUACCUAAGACUGUUUUUCGGACAAGGCAACUCAAGAAGCAUGAGUUGAAUUAUCUUACUCAUGAUUUGGAGUUUGCUGCAGUGGAAGUCAUCUCUAUCCUUGGCUUAUCUCCGAGGGAAGUAUCUUCCAUUGUUGGUGGAGUUGAGGAGUCUAGAGUUAGGUUAAGUCUGGAUGAUCAGGGAGCUUUACUUGCUGCUCUCUACGAAAGACCGGUGUUGGUUGAACGAAUUAUCGAAGCCCAAAUGCAUGAUCCGUUAAUCUGCACAUUAAGGUUGGAAGUCGAGAAUGGUACAAGAAUAGAUUAUUCGGUGAGGAAAGAUAGAUCUUUGAUGGUAGGAACAAGAUUGUAUGUACCUGGGGAUGAAGCUCUAAAGAGGGAAAUUCUUGAGGAGGCUCAUUGUUCGGCCUUCGCCAUGCAUCCUGGCAGUACAAAGAUGUACUAUACCCUGAGGGAGCAUUAUUGGUGGCCUUUCAUGAAGAAGGGAAUAGCAUAA